AUGCCAAACAUGUACGGAACUUCCAGGAACUCUUCAUCUCAGAAACCAAAACUGAGCAGCAAUCAGCUACUGGUCACGAGAAAUGACCCUAAAGAUGAUAUCCACAAACAUCUCAUUUAUACCACCAUGACCUAUAACUCUUUCACCUUAUAUACGUUUGAGAAUUCUCAGUUACUUGAAAAGCUAUUGCCAAAUGGGCGCACUAUCAACUGUUUUGAAAUAAUCAAUAGUCAACUUAGCGCCAUCAAUGACCCAAGUUCUUUUACUAUGGGAAUCAUCCCAGUUUCAUCGAUCUCCAAUUUACCUAGCUCCACGAGAAGUGCGGUACAAAAUAAUAGUUUAACAUUAUACUAUAUCAAAUAUAAGUUCAACAACUCUGAUGAUUUGGUCACUCUCCUCACUAUCUGCUCUUCCCGCUUAAAAAAAGAAUUCCCAUUCAUCAUCCUCGACCAUAUCCUUGCCAAUUACAAGGAAUUUAGGGAAAAUAAAACACAGCAAGCCCAACAAAACUCAUCACUAGGGGUCAUCGCUGGGAAGUCGACCACAGGCAAUCCUUCCAAUAACCACAAUAUCUUUGGGGAUUAUGAUUUCAAGCCAGAAUUUGCCAAUAUUAUCAUUACUGAAGAAAAGAAAAUCCACUCGUUGCCGUCGCAACUCGUCCUUAGGUCUGCGGUAUCCAACAAUACUUCUGGUACUUCUCCGAGCGAAACUCUGCCAUUACUUGCUAACAAUCAAGGCACGUCAUCUGAUCUCUUUGGCAUGGAUUCUAAGGACGUUAAUGAUAAUAGCAAUGCAGAUUUAUCGAAUUUGAAUAUUACCUUCAUGACCUCAGAACUUAAUGAACUCAAGCAAAUUAUGAAUGAUAAUGUUGAUAAAUUAAUGGAACGUCAUGACAGAUUAGGAUCUUUAGUUAACAAGACUGAUAAGAUCAAUCUUAAUUCCAGAACUUUCAAACGCAGAACUUUGCAAUUGAAACGUCGGUUGUGGUGGGGUAAUGUCAAAAUGAGAGUGAUAUUGGCGGGAAUUAUAAUAUUUAUACUUUAUAUCAUUGGAGGUGAAGUUGGUUGUGGACUACCAUUUUAUGGGAAAUGUUUGAAGCAUGAGAAGAACAAAAAAAAUUAG